AAUGCUUGUAUUAUAAUUUUAGUAAUAGUGGAAGAGAGAGAGAAAGAGGAGCGCACGGGAAGGAUGCGCAACCUGCCACAAAUGCCUGCCACUCAUCCGUGCCUCCGCCUCUAAGCGCUCUCAAUCCCAACAACCCCCUGGCAUCGUCGUCUUCUUCGCUGCAUCUAAUCUCUCUCCUUCUGAUGCCAUGUCCAUGCCUGCCUUCACGUCCAGAAAUCGGAGUCAGACCGACCAGACGACCGACGGUCCGACACCAUAAUAAUAAUAGAUUAGAUCGGAUCCAGGAAGAGAUCUUCCUCUUCUCCUCCUAAUUUAUUUCUUUCUUUCAUCUCUAUCUGUCUACGCUCCUUAGCUGCAUUGCCUCUUCCCUUCCCUCCCGUUCCAAAAAAAUAAAAGAAAACCAAAAAAACGGGAGGGAGGUGAGAGGUGGAUAUCCGAAAUAGCGAGAAGAAUAGGGGUGGAGGAGGGAGAGGAGGCGAGCAAUGAAAGCGGGUGGAGGGGGAGGGGCGAAGGAUGGCUCCGAUGGCUACCAUCCGAUGACCCCAACCAACAACAGUAGGACCCCUUUCAUAUGGGGCAUGCUCGGCGCCGGCAACCCUGGCGGCGGCAAGACUUCCAAUCGUCCCAUGUUCAUCCCUAGGUUCAUGAUCUGCCUCCUCCUCUCCAUCUCCCUCAUCUACUUCCUCUAUACUGUCAACCUCCUCCUCUCCUCUUCCCUUACUCACCGCCAACUCCCCUGCUCCACCAGCACCACCACGUCCUCGGCCGUCGCCGAUCCGGUCCUCCACCUUUCCUCCUCUAAUCUCUCCGUCCAUACUACCCCCUCGGCCACCAACACCACCACCACCAGCAGCAGCAGCAGCAGGAUAGCUGCCCGGGCCGCGGCGGCCACGGGGCUCCAGCACGUAGUUUUCGGGAUCGCGGCGUCUGCCAGUCUCUGGGACAGGCGCAAGGACUACAUCAAGCUCUGGUGGCGCCCCCGCCAGAUGCGGGGCGUCGUCUGGCUCGACAAGCCGGUGAAGGAGUUCAGCAACUCCGCCUCCGCAGCCGGCCUCCCGGCCCUCAAGCUCUCCGGCGACACCGCCCGCUUCCCCUACACCCACCGGCAGGGCAGCCGCUCAGCCAUCCGCAUCUCCCGCGUCGUCUCCGAGACCUACCGCCUCGGCCUGAACAACGUCCGGUGGUUCGUCAUGGGCGACGACGACACCGUCUUCGUCCCCGACAACCUCGUCCGCGUCCUCUCCCAGUUCGACCACCGCCAGCCCUACUACAUCGGCUCCGUCUCCGAAAGCCACCUCCAGAACAUCUACUUCUCCUACGCCAUGGCCUACGGCGGCGGCGGGUUCGCCAUCAGCCGCCCCCUCGCCGCCGCCCUCGCCCGCGUGCAGGACCGCUGCCUCCACCGCUACCCGGCCCUCUAUGGCAGCGACGACCGCAUCCAGGCCUGCAUGGCCGAGCUCGGCGUUCCCCUCACCCGCCACCCGGGCUUCCACCAGUUCGACGUCUACGGCGACCUGCUCGGCCUCCUCGCCGCCCACCCCGUGGCCCCGCUCGUCUCCCUCCACCACCUCGACGUCGUCCAGCCCGUCUUCCCCAAUGCUCCCUCCCGCGCCGCCGCCCUCCGCCGCAUCUUCGACGGCCCCGUUCGCCUCGACUCCGCGGCCGUCUUCCAGCAGUCCAUCUGCUACGACGCCGGCCACCUCUGGACCGUGUCCAUCUCCUGGGGCUUCGCCGUCCAGGUGGUGCGGGGGGUCAUGUCCCCUCGGGAGAUGGAGAUGCCCGCACGCACCUUCCUCAACUGGUACCGCCGCGCCGACUACACCGCCUACCCCUUCAACACCCGCCCCGUGGCUCGCAACCCCUGCCAGAGGCCCUUCGUGUACUACCUCUCCUCCUCCCACUACGACGCCGCCCGCCGCACCACCGUCACCGUGUACGAGCGCCACCGAGAGGUCCACCCGGCGUGCCGCUGGAAGAUGGACCACCCCCCAGCCUUCGUCGACCGCAUCGUCGUCUACAAGAAGCCCGACCCCUCUCUCUGGGACAGGGCGCCGAGGAGGAAUUGCUGCAGCGUGGCGUCGUCGCCGAACGAUGGGAAGAAGGGGAAUAGGACGAUGACAGUUGAUGUGGGCGUUUGCCGGGAAGGCGAGUUUAGUGAGACACAGCGACUUUAAUUUCUCUGUCUCGCUCUUCCUGUGUAGAUCUUUUUCCUUUUGUUAUUUUUUCCUCUUUCUUUUGUUUUUGGUAUUAUUUUGUUAAAAUCUUGGAACUUUUUGUGAUUCUUGGCCUGGAAUGGGGGAUGCUCAAUUUGUAUAAUUUUUUCUUUUGCUGUUAUCUAGUGGCAGGGUCAAUCAUGCAUGCCACUCACAGCUCAA